AUGCAACUUCGGCAAUCAACAUUGGUAUCACACAUACCAAGGUGAGAUUUUGCCUUUGAAGUUGAUCAUUUUUUACCCAUUUUAAAAAGUACGUUUGAUGGUAGGUUUUAAAAAACCGUAAAAAAUUCAAUGUUUAAAACAUACUAUGAAUAGAAAGAAAAGAUAAAAUUCUUUUCAAGAAAAAUUAUUUCUGUUUUAUAGCUUUCAAUCUUGCCUCGGUACAGACGCGGUAAAGUAGGUCAUUUUUACACUAAUUUUUGCAUAAUCAAUUAGGUAAAAACCGCUAUUUUCGUUUUUCCUCAUUUUCUCGAAAACUAAAGAUUCUUAAAAGUUAAAAAUAUUUUUUAGUUCCCCAAAGGGGUUUUUCUGACAAAUUAUCAGAAUUUGCGAUUUUUUUAGCCUGGCCAGCGAUUCUCGAUAUUUACAGUCAUGGGCUCAAAGAGCGGUACUUUGUAGUUAUUAAUCGUAAAGGACGUCAUUUACGAUAAAUAAUCAUGUCAAACAUAGUUAAUGAUCGUGAAAACCACGAUUAAUAACUACUUUUUACAAACUUUGUAGUUAUUAAUCGUGAAAUUUACAAUUAUAAACUAUGUUUGGCAGGCUUUGUACGACUAGUUACGUUCGACGAAGGAGAACGCUUACUAUUCGUGUACCGUACACGAACUAGUACCCGUUCUCUAUGCCAUACGAUUUCACGGUUUGGACGCCAUCUUGGACCGGCCUGGCACACUUUUCCUCGAUCUCAUGUGUUCAGUUUUUCUCGCCUGGGAGCUGGUAUUUAUUUUGAGACACUCGUUCACAGAUGAAACGUUGGCGAUUUUCUGUUUACGACAGGUUUGUUUAUAGUUUUUCUCGCAGCUUUCAUUUAAGUUUUCUUAUCAUAGGAAAAUUUCCAUUCUAAGAUAAUCGGAUUUGUAGAUAUUAUGUUAACAAUGUGUUUUGCACACUUUAUUUGUUUUUAUGGAUUCAAGCAAGAUCAGCUUAGAUAGAUCGACCAUAUUUGAUUCUAUUACAAAUAACAUCUUUUCGCUUUUAAAAGCUAUUUACAGCGUUGUAUUUGCUUUUAUUUCUCAUCAUUUUUGAAAAAUAUACAAGAAGUUGAACAGUGAAACGUCGACCUUUUCAUCUCACUAAUUCCGGGUGCGUUGUAUUUUGAAAACAGUGCUACUUAGGUGAGUCGUGUUAACCUAGUGUCACACGACAAGGGUUUAAAGUGAUACGCGACGCUUAAACUUUUCAGAAAACUUUAAUUUUCUGUAUCCCAAUUUUUAGCCAAUUUUAUUGAUUAUCCUAUAGUGCAAAAGAAUACCCUGAGGGUCAUGGUCAGUGUUUGACCUGUUGUUACUUACAUGUACUUUAGUUAGAGGUUUAGCCAAGUAAAUGUAAAAAGUACAGUACGCUGCAAAUGUUUUAAAAUGUUAGUGUCUGAAGUCAGAGAAGUGUGUUUUUUGGUAGUCCUUAUUUCGUCAUAUUUAGCCGUUAAAAAACACCAAGCUCUUUUCAAAUGCGACGACAUUUCUUAGCCUUCUAUUCAGCUCUUAUGUGAACCUUUUUUUAGACCCCGAUUAGAUACUCCAAUUAUCUGUCUGGACACUCAGAAGAAAUCUUCUCAAAUCCUCUUGAAUUUAAACCUGAACGUUGGUUGAACACGGAAAAGACUGGCCCUCACCCUUAUGCAUCAAUUCCAUUUGGCUUUGGGCGACGCAUGUGUAUAGGUAGGUGUCUUUUUAUCACACAGAUUUACUGCUUCUGCCUCGUCGCAGGUCUCCUUCUUUGCUCUUAUGCGACGCUGUCGCCCCACGUAAGGGAAUCUAACACAGUCUUGGGCUGGAUUCCACGCCAUGGAUUCCGGAUUCCAGGUACUGAAUUCCAGCAUUUGUAAGUGGAACAUUGGAUUCCGGAUUCCAAUCGUCAGUGGGAUUCCGGAUUCCUUGUGCUGUAUUCCGGAUUCCAAAACCCAGGAUUCCGGAUUCCACAAGAAAAAAUUUCCCGAUUCCGGAAUCCGGAUUCUCUUACACGGGGGAGCGUUGUGUCUUGAGAAGAUGUGCUUUCUGUUUUUCGAAUUAAAGUGGCGCCUUGAAUCUAGGCAGCAUCCCGGCGAUUUUCUCUCUUGGUUAUAGUCACUCAUUAUUACUGCUUUUCUUACUGAGACUGGCUCCUUUUUUGAUACAGGACGACGCGUAGCUCAGACUGAACUCUGCCUUUUGGCCGCAAUGGUAAGGAGCUGAUUGUGGAAUUACAAACAAAGUGCGAUGAAUAUAAUGGCCUGUGCUAGCUGGCGGAAUUAUUGUUGCUCGUGCGAGAGUUUUGGCGGCGAUGCCGCCACUCUCGCGCAGCUUUGCCGAGAGAAGUGAGCGCCGAAUAACUUCUUGGAAUUUCAAAGCUUCUACCCCCGGCCCAAUUCUCCGCACGUCUUCGCAGCUCCUCUGCCAAAACUUUCCUCGCGCAAACGAUCCCGCCGGCUACGCAGGCUAUGAUUAUUACAAAUUGCUGAAGUACA